CCAUCUUGGAAACCCAUCAUAUCUGAUAUCUAUCCUACUCAAGGAAAAAAAAGUAUAGCACAUAGAUUUGUUACAUGAUGGUGUGAGGAGCAUACACAUGGCAGGCAGUUCAACUAAAAUGAGAGAUUUGAUUUUGACAAGGGAUGGAAUGAUUUAGCAUUGUCAGCCUUAUAUUUUUCUAUAGCUAUUCCUAAGUUAGCCAGAAAAGGAUAGAUAGAACUUUGCAAGGAGAAAAGAGGAAAAAAAAAGGAUAAAAGAAGAUAGUGGGGAAUCCUAAGCUUGAAGGGGUGCAACAGUGAAGAUGACAUAAGCAUUGUUCCCUACAGAACCAAGCAUCAACAGGUGGGGUUACUGAUUAGGAUGACAAAAAAAUAAAAAAACAUCCCAUCUCACUUCCAUUACACUUUGAUGCCCUUGUCCAUUUGUUAUUUUUUCUGCUUUUGAUCUAACCUUAAAAGGAUUCCAAUGAGCCUUUUUACAUAUAUGCAACUUCCCUUGAUCACCGGAACUCAGAAGAGAACUUAGGGGAGAAAAUGAUGAUCACAGAAGAUGAAACGACUCUUACAGCAAGCAAAGAACAACAAAGUGAAAUGAUGAACGGAGACAAGGACAAUCAUGGAAGCGAAGAUGACAACUCCAAAGAGUGGUUGAACCUGAGCAUAGGUGGAACUACUACUUUACUCUCAACAGCUGUACCACCAGCCACUGCCAAAGUUUUUUCAUGCAACUUCUGCAUGAGGAAGUUCUUUAGCUCACAGGCACUAGGAGGCCAUCAGAACGCUCACAAGAGGGAAAGGGGUGCUGCCAGAAGAUACCAAUCUCAGAGGUCGAUGGCAAUAAUGGGAUUCUCCAUGAACACACUAACUAUGUGUCGAUCACUUGGUGUUCAGCCACACUCACUUGUGCACAAGCCAUGCAGAGAUGGUAUCAUGGUGGCACCGAGCUUUCAUGAUGCAUAUGCAAGGAUUGGGAUGGCAUGGACACCUUUCUGGACCGAGGAUCAAGCGGAUAUGGUGUGGCCAGGCAGCUUUCGCUUGGUUCCAAAACAGCCACAGUCACCACAGGAGCCACUCAAGCUUGAUUUAGACCUCAGACUCUGACAAGAGGUUUGGUCUCAGCUUGGAGCCUUAUCCUCCUUUUUAGCCAAAAGAGCUUGUUCGUUAGUGACCUGGGAGAGUCAAUAACUCAGAUGCUGCUGCUACUGCAUAGUAAAUGGUAGGAGAUUUUUGUUUUUCAUUGUCUAUAUGACUACAUGUUUAGCACCAGAAAACCCAAGUUAUAACUCCCUGGCUAUCUAUUUUAGUUCCUUCAAGUUUGAUAUAACUCCUGAUAUGCAGUGCUCACUUGACAAUGUUACUGACUUGGGGAGAUUUAGCUUUUCGACAUUAAAGUCCUGAUUUUCUUCCUGCAUGUACUUUAGAACAUCUUAUUCGAUUGACAGAAGAUUAAAAAAGUUAAGAGCAAGGACUACAGAAAACAAUUUGUGGAUGCUAGGUACGUUCAAGAUGGAAUGCUUCCAACAUGUGUAAAGCCUCAAUUCUAAUACUAGAUUUUAAUUAAAGACAA